UUCUCAUUCAAGGAGUUCUUCUCCGACAGCCCUCAACCAGUUUUUACUGGUCAGUCAUUUGAGAAAGACAUGGAAGAGGCGAUAAAGCAAAUUCUGGAUUCUCCUAUGAAUACCAGUUAGUGGAUGUUGGAUGUGCCCGAUUACCAUCGAUGAAGCGAGACUGCUCCUUCUCGUUUGUUCUAUCAAGAUGAGGGAGAGGCUGAAUAUGUUGUUAGUGUUUAUAUCUAUAUGCGUUUGCCAGGAUAUCCUGCAAACAAGAUCUCCAUCUUGACAACUUACAAUGGCCAAAAACUUCGUGAUGUUAUCAACAGAAGAUGUGUUCCUUAUGACUUCAUCGGCCCACCCAGCAAGAUCUCUGUUUGAACAAUGCUAUGAACUGCAGCCUACAUUUCAACUUCUGCUUCAGGGACCCGAUCACCUUGCACUGAAUUUUGGUGAAGUUUCGACAUAUACACAGCGGCAAGUUGAAGACACUGGACAUCCUUGUUUUGUUAGCAGUGUUGAGGAGGUGGGACACAUUGUAAUGGAUAAAAUGAAUCAACUGUCUCAGGUCGAGGAACAGUCUAAAGAGGCUUGCUGACUUAAAACCUAACUUAAGCUAUGGUCACAUGCACAAAGAAACUAGCAUCUGCCAAUAGCAUGGUAAAUUUUGAAGGGAAACCUGCCUUAAGUUAGGUGAAAGCUGCUCCCUCUGAGCAUUGCAGCGGGACAAAUAAAGCAUUUGAGGUUGAUGAAGGUUAUAUAUAUCGCUGUGAGUCAACUCUCACCUAAUAAAUUGUAGUUAGUGAAGGAUCAAACUUUUGAUAACACCUUUGGCUGUCUUUUUUCAUAUCCAUCCACUAUCUUCUCCUAAGAAAAUCUUCUGCAUUUUUUUUUCUUGCCUGUUAUUAUUAAAAUGGUAUCUGGCUUGUGCUUGGGUGAUGGUGUUGUAAAUUCAAGGUGCACCAUGUAUAGCUCAAAGCAGCGAAAGGCUUGUGAUUUUGCUAAGGUAUGGUUAAGUAGCUGAAAUGGAAAACCUUGGGCUCAGUAAUAUGCCAAGUUACUUGAUAUUCAUUUUGCAAGCUGCAGAAACCCUUUUCCAGUCUGUGAUGUGGUGCAUACGGGCAUUGUUGUUUUACAAUUAAUCCACUAGCAACUUUUUUUAUGGUCUCGUAAGAAGUUCCAGCAGCUAAAGUCACGGUUUCUCACGUUUGAUGAGCUAUCAGCUUGAGCAGUACAUGGCUUAUUGAUCCGAUGGACCUGCUCCUGCAAAUGGGGCAGUUGAUGAUACACCAGUCUGAUGAACCUAAAGAGAUGGACGGGAUUGCAAACAGUGAAGAUGGGGGUUUGCCACCUGAGAAGCAAUUAAGUGAGGGAAAGGAGAGUGAGGCUUCCCCAAAUGAUGAAAACCAGAAAGAGAUAUGAAUGGGGAAUCAUGCACGGGGUAGCAGAGUAGCCUCAUUGAUACGGUGAAUUUACUCUCUCCCCAUAAUCACAGCCAUAAGCAUAACUUGCCGAUGGAGUGAUUGGCGUGAUGCCAAUCGGUAACUGUUCAGCUCAGUUGAAAGUUGAUACAGCUGGAAAAACAGGGCUUGGUUUCAAGCAUAUCAUCAUCACAUUAUACCAGGUGCUGGGAAUUGCUAAUCCCUGUCUCUCCCUUUUGAGGAUUAUUACUGUUAAUUCAAGAGUAUCAUCACAUUACCAUGUUGAUUUUGGUUGAUGAACCUUUCCUUGCAAAAAUAGAACUAUCAGAUUUUUGGCU